AUAGAAAAGAUCGAGAAAAAGCAAAUUUAGAAUAAUUUCAUAAUGCGUAGCAUAAUAUGGUUGCUAGGUAUCUGGGCGGUUUUGGGACUAGUCCAAGCCAAACCACUGACUCUGGCGGAAACUGAAAACGAUGCGACCAGCAGCAGCAGCAGCAGCAGUUCCAGCAGCGAGGAACAGGAGGAGCAAAAGGCAGGGAGUUUAAUUGUAAGUUCUGAAGGCAGCAGCAGCAGCAGCAGCGAGGAAGAUCGCCCAAAACGUACGCCACCAGAUCCAUGGCAUGGUGAGGGGCGGCCUCUUCUAUAUGAUUUGGACCCUGAGCAUCAUAGAGGCAAGCGCAGUCCAAAAGCAGAUAGUUCUAGUUCCUCUUCGGAGGAGGAUACAGCCAAGGAAAAGAUUAAAGAGGAACAGGAGGAGCAAAAGGCAGGGAGUUUAAUUGUAAGUUCUGAAGGCAGCAGCAGCGAGGAAGAUCGCCCAAAACGUUCUAUACCAGAUCCAGAUCAAUAUGAUACACCUGUGACCGCUUAUGGUGAGGGGCUGCAUCAUCCAGAUCAAUUGGCCCAUGAGCAUCACAGAGGCAAACGCAGUCCAAAAGCAGAUAGUUCUAGUUCCUCUUCGGAGGAGGAUCCAGCCAAGGAAAAUACCAAAAAGAAAGUUGAUACUUCAGCUGAAGAUUCUUCCUCAUCGGAAGAGCAUAAAAAGCUGAAAAUUGCCGAACAAAGAACUGAAACAAACGCAGUUCGACGCAAAAGACAGUUGGUUGUGUCGAAGGAAGACGAUAAACCUAGUGUGGAAAUCGAAAGCACUGAAUUUGGCACAGAUGAUGCAGAACCAGAGAGAGGCAACUUCGAGGUGGAUGAGGUUCUAGAUUUGGCGGCGAAAACAAGUUCAGACAAGGACAAGGCCAGCAUUGAGGAUUAUGCCCAGGGCUGUGAGGUGAUGGAGGUGUCUUCCAAAGAGGCUAACGAGACAACCUAUGUGGAAUAAAAUACUAGAAAACUUUUGAAUAAAACUAAAGCAAAAAAUAACAAACAAAAAAAUUAAAAAACAAAACACAAAACAA